UCCACCCAUUUUUCUGAUCGCACUUUGUUUCGUGGUAGCAGCACAGUUAAAACACUGCAGUAAUCCAGCAUUCAACAUUAAGAACUUUAAAUGGAGACAUUAUACAGUGUUCUUGGCUUUGAGUGGAUAGAUGGAAGGAGCAUUUUAAUAUUUCUCUGUGUUUUCCUGCUGUUGAAUAAUAUUUGGCAGAACAGAGUGCCGAAGAACUUCCCACCUGGACCGUGGGCUCUCCCGUUUCUCGGUGACAUUCAUCGCAUCAGACCUGACAGAAUACACCUGCAGUUCAGAGAGUUUGUAGAGAAAUAUGGAAACAUUUUCACCAUCAGAAUCUUUGGUGGAAGAACCGUGGUCAUUAAUAGCUACAAGUUUGUGAAAGAAGCCCUGGUCCAACAAGGAGACGACUUAAUAGAUCGUCCCACUGUACCACUGUUUGAAGAUUUAUUUGGGAAUGAAGGUCUUGUGAUAUCAAAUGGUUACCCAUGGAAGCAGCAGAGGAGAUUUGCUCUUCAUACACUCAGAAACUUUGGUCUGGGCAAGAAGAACCUGGAGUUAUACAUCCAGCAGGAGUGCCAGUAUCUCUCAGAGGCUUUCACAGAACACCAAGGAAAGCCCUUUAAUGUCCAGCUACUGAUAAAUAAUGCUGUGUCGAAUAUCAUCUGCUGUUUGGUGUUUGGGAAUCGAUUUGAGUACACUGAUCAGCAGUACCAGUCCAUUCUUCAUAACUUCAAUGAAGUUAUGCGCUUACAGGGAAGCAUGUCGACACAGAUGGACCUGUUUUUUGCUGGAACUGAAACUACUACCACUACUUUACGUUGGGGGUUGCUUUACAUGAUCUACUACCCUGAUAUACAAGAGAGAGUUCAAGCUGAGAUCGAUGCUGUGGUCGGUUCGUCCAGACAGCCCUCUGUGAGUGACCGAGAAAACAUGCCCUAUACUGAUGCUGUCAUUCAUGAGAUUCAGAGAAUGGCCAACAUCAUUCCUCUCAAUGUGCUUCGUAUGACAAACAAGGAAACUACAGUGGAUAAAUACACAAUCCCAAAGGGUACCAUGAUCGUGGCUACUCUGGACUCAGUCUUACAUGAUGAGUCAGUGUGGGAAACUCCACACUCUUUCAACCCUCAACACUUUCUGGACAAGGAUGGUAAAUUUCGCAAGAGAGAUGCUUUCCUUCCAUUUUCUGCAGGUAAGCGUGUGUGUCUUGGAGAACAGCUGGCCAGGAUGGAGUUGUUUUUGUUUUUCACCUCCCUCCUUCAAAGGUUUUCUCUUUCGCCACCUGCUGGACAGCAGCCCAGUCUGGAGUUCCAGUUGGGGGGCACGCGCUGCCCUAAACCUCACCGCCUCUGUGCUGUACCGCGUUAAGCCAUCAGCUAUGACAAACUGAAAACAUCUGUUUUACAUCGCAUUAUCUAUAUCUGCUAAAUAAUUUCACUUUACAGCAUGAGUAUCUUAUAAUUUGUAUUUUUUCUUCUUCUUCUCACCAUGGAGACCUUUUCACUGAACCAUUCAGUCUACUGUAUUCAACAAGUAAAAGUGUAAAGGUUUACAAUAUUAAACUACAACUUUUUAAGAGAUCUCAUUUGACUGCCUAUGCAUAGAGUAGAGUUCUCUUUUUUCACCUACGUACCCUACUGCGUAGUACCUUCACUGUUUUUCUUUACGGUACCUGUUCUGACCUGGGCUUCAUCAUCAAGCAAAAGUUAACAAUGACUUCUUCUUUUUUUCUGUUUGCUUUGAUGGUGACAAAUUUUUGAAGGUGUUCUGCUAAAAGUGUUAACCCAUCUCUUAGAUUUCCCAAUUUCUUUAAGAACAUAACAAAUCACUUUUUAUUCUACAGUAGACUCUAUAUGAUGUAACCUAAUGAGCAGGUUGCUUGAAUUUGUAAAAUUUGUAAAAAGCAGGUUGCUUUUUCAAGCAACUUAAAGAAGUCCAGACGCUUUUCUUUGCAAGCUCCUUUGACUAAUGAGCAGGUUGAUUACCAACGAUCUCUUGUCACUCUUAAAAAAAAGGGCCUUUAAAAUUCCCAAACUGUUUUGAGAAGUAUAUAAGUUUAUGUUUAUUUGGAUAUCAAAGGGAUGCAGACAAGCCAUGUAAAGCAGGUGGUGACACCACUCAUACUUUUCAAUUAGUAUGAGUGUUUUUAUUUUUCAUACCACUGCUUGUUAUAAAAUGCACAAUGUCAUAAAUAAAUGGACUUUCUACA